AAACGUUCUGUUGGAAUUUUGGGUUCAAUACAGAAUAAAGUACCAUAAUUUACAUGUAGCUAUCGUGGUAAAUGCUCAUUGCAAUAUUUAUUUUGAGUUUGACAGUUAUUGUCGAGAUAGUUGACAGAUGAGCAACAAAGGUACGCUAUCCGAAUGUCUUGGAUUAUUAUAAAUUAAAUUAAAUAAAACUAUUGUGUCUUGAUAUUGUAGAACAGUGUAUUAUUGUAAAUAAAAUGAAGCCAGAGCUAGAAGGAGAUGCUGAAGCAGCUCCUGUCACCGGCGACGUGAUAGGAGAUACCGCAUACAGUGAACGUUUUGUCCUCAAAAUAUUGUUAAAACUCGCUAAUUUAGACACUCUCAAGGAUGAAAUAAAGGACAAAGCGUUCGAAGACGACCUCUGCAUACUGUGGGAUAUGACUGCCGAGAAAGAUGUCGUGUUAUUCCUUCAGAAACACGAUGUACUGAAGCUGUUCAACUUUGCACUGCCAGUCAUAGAAAUACCGAGGAUUAUUGAAAUUAUCGUCGGUAUAAUAGGGAACAUGUGCUGCCAAAAGGAAGUUGUCAAUGUGCUAACGAGAAUGGAGGGUUUAUUGGGCAUCCUUAUAGACUACAUCAACACUGACGACAGUUUGGUUCUGCUUCAACUACUACGAUUGGUCAGCGCCUGUCUGUUCUUAGCAGACGACACUGAGCUUGAUAUCUGGAUGGAUCUGUUCAAGAAGAUUGAUUAUUCUAAUGCUCUAUACUUUAUAUUAAGAAAUUCUUCCAACAAAGAACUAUUAGUCACAGCCUUAGAGAACUUCAACACUGUGUGUUCAUAUUGUAACAAUGAGCAGUUGAGAACCAAAUUUUUUACUCAUUUCAUUAUAACUGAGGCUCUGGACUCACUAAUAAUAGCUUUCACAGAAUUAACAGUCAAUCAAAAAGACCGUUUUAUAAAAGGAGAUUUGGAAAGAAUGCUUGUUGUGAGUCUGCAGAUAGCAUUAAAUCUAGUUGGUUUUGAAAAGUCUUCUGAAAUCUACAUAAACUGUACAGAAAAUGUUUUGACCAUGAUAAAUGUGAUACUGAGUUAUUAUGAGAACAAAUUGGUGGUUCACAAGGAGAUUGAGACAGACUUGGUAGAUAUUGUUGAGUCAACAAAUACAAUAGUCCAAGUUUUGCAGGGUACCUGCGAUCCCGACAAAUAUGUGCAUCUGGGUUACAGUAUUUGGAAGGCGACAUGCUCUAUCAUAAAAUCAGAUAAAAACGGUUCUUCCUUUGAGGAAUGUGACAAGGAUGAAUUAAAAGAGUUUGUGUACAAAAUUAAACCUGCUUUGGCUAUACUUAUAUUUAAUUAUUUAUCAAAAUGUACAGAGGAUAACUUGUUGAAAGUACUGGACCAUAUUGGAGCAGAUUACGACAAUAUCAUGGCUUUGCUGAAGGAUGAUGCUUUAAAAACGACAGUGUCUAACAGAGCAGCAAACUAUAGAACUAGAUUAAAAGAUAAUGUCGAUUCAUAAUAAAUAAUGUUCUUAGUA